AUUCGAAUCAAGAUUGUUUGGUCGAGGUGGUUCUUGUUCAGUUUAUCAUGUGAUUUGUCCCAAAGUCAUCGAAGGAACCGCGUUUGCUGUGAAAAAAAUCGCGUGUUUUCAAAAACAAGAACAUUUGAAAAGUUUAGUGGUUGGAGGGCUUUAGUGCACAAUUUUGGCGGUUGAAGGUUAGUGUUGAAAAAACCUUACGACCAUGGGGUCCAUGUUUCGCAGCGAGGAGAUGUCCCUCGCUCAAUUGUUUAUACAGCCAGAAGCAGCCUACUUUGUUAUAUCUGAACUCGGAGAAACCGGCACUGUACAGUUUAGAGAUUUGAAUGAAAAUGUGAAUGCUUUCCAAAAAAAAUUCGUUACCGAAGUAAGAAGAUGUGACGAGAUGGAAAGAAAACUGAGGUAUAUUGAGGCCGAAGUGAACAAAGAUAAGGUCAACAUCCCAGAUGUAAGGGAGCUUCCAAGGGCUCCUAAUCCAAGAGAGAUAAUAGAUUUAGAGGCCCAUCUAGAGAAAACUGAAGCAGACAUCAAGGAGUUCUCGGAAUCAGCUGUGAGUCUCAAAUCAAACUUCUUGGAACUCACCGAGCUGAAACACGUUCUGGAGAAGACUCAACUUUUUUUUAAUGAACAAGACGACAUAUCCGGGGGACUUGACAAUAAGGCUCUUAUCACUGAGGAAUCCCAAACUGCCUCAGGAAGGGGUAGAUUGGGUUUUGUAGCUGGAGUUAUAAAACGCGAAAGGGUACCAGCUUUCGAACGGAUGUUGUGGAGAAUAUCCAGAGGAAACAUAUUUUUGCGGCAGUCAGACGUUGGAAUAGCUCUUGAGGACCCUAUAACUGGAAACGAAAUAAACAAAACAGUAUUCGUUGCCUUCUUCCAAGGAGAACAACUAAAGUCAAGGAUUAAGAAAGUAUGUGCUGGUUUCCACGCUUCUAUGUAUCCAUGCCCUAGUACCAUCCAAGAAAGAGAUGAAAUGUUAAACGGUGUGAAGUUACGUUUGAAGGAUUUAGAGAUGGUGUUGAACCAAACCCAAGAUCAUCGUCAGAGAGUUUUGGUGAGCGUGGCCAAGGAGUUGCAAAACUGGAGUAUUAUGGUUUCGAAAAUGAAAGCUAUCUACCAUACCUUGAACUUCUUCAAUGUUGAUGUGACUAAGAAAUGCCUUAUUGGAGAGUGUUGGGUAGCUACCAAAGAUAUCGGUAUUGUGCAGAAAGCCUUAGUUGAUGGUUCGACUGCCAGUGGUAGUUCAAUACCUUCAUUUAUGAAUAUAAUAGACACCAUGGAAAACCCACCAACAUUCAACAGGACCAAUAAAUUCACCAGAGGUUUCCAGAAUCUGAUUGAUGCUUACGGUGUGUCAUCUUAUAGGGAGGUUAAUCCAGCAUUGUAUACAAUCAUCACCUUUCCCUUCCUCUUCGCAAUCAUGUUUGGCGACGUUGGUCACGCUUUGGUGAUGUUUGGCUUCGCAUUGUAUAUGGUGUUAGCUGAGAAAAAACUAAGUGCAAUGAAAAACAAAGGAGAGAUCGUAAAUAUCUUCUUUGCCGGACGAUACAUCAUACUACUCAUGAGCAUCUUUUCCAUGUACACCGGAUUCAUCUAUAAUGAUAUAUUCUCCAAGUCUAUGAAUAUAUUCGGUAGCGGGUGGAAGAUUGUUUACGAGUACAGAAACGUUUCAGGAACGGAGAAGGAGUUCGAAUUAAACCCAACUCAUGCUUUUAAGGGUUCUCCCUACAUUUUUGGCGUGGAUCCUAUAUGGCAGAUGGCGAAAAAUAAAAUUAUCUUUCUCAACUCUUACAAAAUGAAGCUUUCGAUCAUAUUCGGAGUGUUCCAUAUGAUUUUUGGAGUCUGCAUGAGUAUUCCUAAUUUUGUACACUUCAACAAGAAAUCUGACAUCCUUCUUCAAUUCGUGCCACAAAUAGUCUUUCUCUGCUGCAUCUUCUUGUGGAUGGUGAUCAUGAUUUUCAUCAAAUGGAUUAAAUAUGCCGCUGACGAGGAUCUUCCAAUUAAACUUGGAACAUCAUGCGCACCAUCUGUACUCAUAUACUUCAUCAACAUGAUGCUACAGAAAGCACAAGAGGCUCCAGAUGCUGGACGUCGGGAUCCAGACCAUCCUGAACUAUGGUGCGAUGCCUACAUGUUCGAUUUUCAGCAUACACUUCAAGUUAUCCUCGUCGUCGUGGCUCUCUUGAUGAUACCAAUAAUGUUGUUCGGGAAGCCUAUCUUUUUCAAGAUGACUCACGGAAAGAAGUCGAAGAGAAGUAGUGGUCUAUCAAGAAACGGUGGUGUCCAUCCCGCUCAAGAUCAAAGCUUAGAAUUAAUAAAAAUUACUGAAUUCAACAAAGAGAAUUCUGAUACCAAUGGCCGUGGCAUGGUCGAUAAAGAUGGUAAUAUUACCAAUCAAGAAGUGGAAGUAGCUUUCAGGCCCCUACAUGUACAAAAAAAAGAAGAUCAUGGGGAUCACGAAGAAGAGGAGUUUGGAGAAAUUAUGAUUCAUCAAGCUAUCCACACCAUAGAAUAUGUUUUGAGUACUGUGUCCCACACUGCCUCUUAUCUUCGUCUAUGGGCGUUGUCCCUUGCUCACGCACAGCUUAGUGAAGUAUUGUGGAGUAUGCUCUUCAGCAAAGCCUUUGGAACAAAUGGCUAUAUAGGUGUAGUAAUGAUCUAUAUACUGUUUGCUGCAUGGGCAUUCUUUUCUGUAGCCAUCCUUGUCCUUAUGGAGGGUUUAUCAGCGUUUUUGCACACCCUAAGGUUACAUUGGGUCGAGUUUAUGAGCAAAUUUUACAUGGGAGAAGGACAUGCUUUCCAGCCAUUCAGCUUCAACAUGAUUUUGGAGACAGAAGAUGAAGAAUAGAGAUAAACAUCGAUAUCAGUACGAUUUUAAUAAGCACAUAGAAAAAUUUUUAUUCAGAUGAGUUGUUUUAAAAUAUAGAUUUUCCAGUUUUAAA